UCGGAGCUGCCUCCUCGCCGAUGAUUCCAGCGCCUGACAGCCAGGACCCCAGGCAGCAGCGAGUGACAGGACGUCUGGACCGGCGCGCCGCUAGCAGCUCUGCCGGGCCGCGGCGGUGAUCGAUGGGGAGCGGCUGGAGCGGACCCAGCGAGUGAGGGCGCACAGCCGGGACGCCGAGGCGGCGGGCGGGAGACCCGCACCAGCGCAGCCGGCCCUCGGCGGGACGUGACGCAGCGCCUGGGGCGCGGGUUUGAUAUUUGACAAAUUGAUCUAAAAUGGCUGGGUUUUUAUCUGAAUAACUCACUGAUGCCAUCCCAGAAAGUCGGCACCAGAUGAAGAAAAUGAAUCACAAGUCAAGUGACAGUCCAAAGGCUCCACAGCUCAGAGGAGGUAAAUCAUGUGCUUAAUUCAGAACUUUUGGCUCCCAUCACUAUGCUCUUCCCACUGUCUUAACUCUGGUUCUCACCUGAGCCAUUGUGUUUCUUCUCAGGUAGAUCUUAGUUCUUCCUGAGAAGGUAUGAAGGUGGGUAUUCCACCCUACCUGAAUUAUAGGAAUUUCAGAUAUCUGUGAGCAGCUGCAAAGGGGAUUUUACUAGAUGACAUCCUGCUGGGCACACUUUACGCCAGUCCUGAAUGUGUAAUAGAAAUCUGCAGUUUAAUGAGUGUAUUUGAUAUAGUGUUUGCAACAAAUUCGGCCCAGGUGAUCAAAAUGAUUCUCAACUCUUCUACUGAAGAUGGUAUUAAAAGAAUCCAAGAUGAUUGUCCCAAAGCUGGAAGGCAUAAUUACAUAUUUGUCAUGAUUCCUACUUUAUACAGUAUCAUCUUUGUGGUGGGAAUAUUUGGAAACAGCUUGGUGGUGAUAGUCAUUUACUUUUAUAUGAAGCUGAAGACUGUGGCCAGUGUUUUUCUUUUGAAUUUAGCACUGGCUGACUUAUGCUUUUUACUGACUUUGCCACUAUGGGCUGUCUACACAGCUAUGGAAUACCGCUGGCCCUUUGGCAAUUACCUAUGUAAGAUUGCUUCAGCCAGCGUCAGUUUCAACCUGUACGCUAGUGUGUUUCUACUCACGUGUCUCAGCAUUGAUCGAUACCUGGCUAUUGUUCACCCAAUGAAGUCCCGCCUUCGACGCACAAUGCUUGUAGCGAAAGUCACCUGCAUCAUCAUUUGGCUGCUGGCAGGCUUGGCCAGUUUGCCAGCUAUAAUCCAUCGAAAUGUAUUUUUCAUUGAGAACACCAAUAUUACAGUUUGUGCUUUCCAUUAUGAGUCCCAAAAUUCAACCCUCCCGAUAGGGCUGGGCCUGACCAAAAAUAUACUGGGUUUCCUGUUUCCUUUUCUGAUCAUUCUUACAAGUUAUACUCUUAUUUGGAAGGCCCUAAAGAAGGCUUAUGAAAUUCAGAAGAACAAACCAAGAAAUGAUGAUAUUUUUAAGAUAAUUAUGGCAAUUGUGCUUUUCUUUUUCUUUUCCUGGAUUCCCCACCAAAUAUUCACUUUUCUGGAUGUAUUGAUUCAACUAGGCAUCAUACGUGACUGUAGAAUUGCAGAUAUUGUGGACACGGCCAUGCCUAUCACCAUUUGUAUAGCUUAUUUUAACAAUUGCCUGAAUCCUCUUUUUUAUGGCUUUCUGGGGAAAAAAUUUAAAAAAUAUUUUCUCCAGCUUCUAAAAUAUAUUCCCCCAAAAGCCAAAUCCCACUCAAACCUUUCAACAAAAAUGAGCACGCUUUCCUACCGCCCCUCAGAUAAUGUAAGCUCAUCCACCAAGAAGCCUGCACCGUGUUUUGAGGUUGAGUGACAUGUUCGAAACCUGUCCAUAAAGUAAUUUUGUGAAAGAAGGAGCAAGAGAACAUUCCUCUGCAGCACUUCACUACCAAAUGAGCAUUAGCUACUUUUCAGAAUUGAAGGAGAAAAUGCAUUAUGUGGACUGAACUGACUUUUCUAAAGCUCUGAACAAAAGCUUUUCCUUCCCUUUGCAACAAGACAAAGCAAAGCCACAUUUUGCAUUAGACAGAUGACGGCUGCUCGAAGAACAAUGUCAGAAACCCGAUGAAUGUGUUGAUUUGAGAAAUUUUACUGACAGAAAUGCAAUCUCCCUAGCCUGCUUUUGUCCUGUUAUUUUUUAUUUCCACAUAAAGGUAUUUAGAAUAUAUUAAAUUGUUAGAGGAGCAACAGGAGAUGAGAGUUCAAGAUUGUUCUGUCCAGUUUCCAAAGGGCAGUAAAGUUUUUGUGCCUGUUUUUAGCUAUUAGCAACUGUGCCACACUUGCACGUGGUACUGCACAUUUUGUACAAAGAUUUGCUAAGCAGGAGUCGUCAAGUUGCAGAUCUUUUUGUGAAAUUCAACCUGUGUCUUAUAGGUUUACACUGCCAAAACAAUGCCCGUAAGAUGGCUUAUUUGUAUAAUGGUGUUACUAAAGUCACAUAUAAAAGUUAAACUACUUGUAAAAGUGCUGCGCUGGUCCCAAGUAGUAGUGUCUUCCUAGUAUAUUAGUUUGAUUUAAUAUCUGAGAAGUGUAUAUAGUUUGUGGUAAAAAGAUUAUAUAUCAUAAAGUAUGCCUUCCUGUUUUAAAAAAGUAUAUAUUCUACACAUAUAUGUAUAUGUAUAUCUAUAUCUCUAAACUGCUGUUAAUUGAUUAAAAUCUGGCAAAGUUAUAUUUACUUUAAAAUAAAAUAAUUUUAUUGCAAUGUA